AACACAACUGAUUUAACGAAUUUUAACACCUCAAAUCAACCACCGUCAAAAUCCUCCAAUUUACAGUAAUCAACAAUGUCGAAACCAUCAAACUCAACUAAUAUCAAAUUCAAUCUAACCAACCCAUCCAUCUUACCAUAUUCAAUCUCACCGAUAAAGAUACCCUUAAAAAGACUAACGGAGAAAGUAUAACAAUCAUGAAACACUUGGAAGAAUUCCCCUAAAGUACCCAAUUAUUCCACCUCCACACCCACAUUCAUCUUCAAACAACAAAGAAUACGAGUUAAAAAGGUCGUCUUGUUCUUGUUACGAACAAAGUCUCCCUCUUUCUCUCUCCUCUCCUUCAGUGCCCUUCUUCUUAAGGACACUUUUUUUCUUCCUUUUUUUGGGGAUUUUUUUGGAUUUUUUUUUUCAUCAUAUAAACCGUUUUAUUCACUUUGACACACCUUUGCUCGUAUUCUCUCUCCUCCCUUCUUCUCAAUUAAGGUCACCUCCAAAAAAUAAAAAAUUUAAUUCAUGAAAUAAUGUCAUAGGAUAAAAAAAAAUAAAUAGAAAAACCAACAAAAUUUCUUCAACGACUUAAUUCAUCUUUCUCUUUCUUCAAAACCAGUUCUCCAUUGACAUUUGUAUCCUCCAUUGAUGCAGCUUACGAGAACCUUUUGAAUGUUAGUAUUGAACUAUGAAAUUGGACCUCUUGGCGGCCGCCCCUCCUGCCCUGGCUCAGGGACGGGCCUGUCAGCAGCAUUGUAUAUCGGACUCGGGUGUUGGGUUAGGUGAAUUGGGAAUGGAAGAUAGACAUACAACAUUUGAUAGUCCUGUGCCUGCUGAUAAGAAUUCUGAGGCUUUUAUUGAGAAUGCUGGUUUAGAAUGUACUGAUGGCACUGAGGAGCUCGUGUGUGAUGCUUUAGGUGAGAGGCUGGAUGAGUUGAUUCUUACGCCCCUUUCAGUUUCGGGGUUGGACAUUAGUUUACAGGAACCUAGAGGUGAAAAGGACACUGCUUUGGUAUCCUCUUCUGAGGAGGGUUUGUCCGAGUUGGAUCAUAGAGACGAAAAUGCAGGAGACUUUUUUCCCGAUACAGAUUUUGAACCGAUUACUGUGAGGAAGUGUGAGCACGAUGAUAACGACUCUGAAUUGGGAAAUGCAUCAGACAUCAAAUGCUGCUUGAACAACUUAUGUCUUGAUGGGGGACCAUGUGAGCGUGAGAUAAACUCAUUUCUGAGUGGUUUUGCAGAGGAGCAUAUGUCAGAUACUAAAGCAGAUUGUGUCAAUUCCACUGAUGGAGGUUCUGUGGAGGCUGUUUAUUCUGGAACUAUGGUUAAUGGAUCUUCAAAGAGCUUGGUGAUGCCAAGUACAUUUAGAUUGAAGGGUUGUGAUGCUGCUCCUAAUUUUACCUGUGCAGUUGAUACUUUUAACCAAGGCGGUUACACAGAAAAGGAUAAUGCUGGAACAGAUGGUGAUACGUGUGAGUUGAAAUCUCUUGACACUUCCUCUUUGCCUUUGCGAAGGAGUUCUAGGAGUAAAAAAUCAGUACAGAAAGUUCAAAAGGCAAAAAAUGCAACUAAACGCACAAAAAAGGCCUCUAAAGUGUCACUCUGUCGAAACAUUGAUUUUCUUGCAGAGGCUACAAGAAAAAAACGUAGUAGCUUGAGUAGAUCAAAUCGUUCAUCUGGUUGGGGGAUGUCAGACACAUUGUCAAAGUACUUUCAACAGAGCAAUGAGAUUUCCGUAAACUUAAUGAUAGAUCAAAGAUCAAGAAAAAAGAAGGCAGGCCAAAAGAGCAGGUUGAAAAAUAAGCUUAAGAUGGUUGCAAGCUCAAAUUUUUCAGAGGACAGACAAGAAGUUCCUAUUCGUCCUAUUCGCAUUAAGGUUACUUUUGGGAAAAAGGAAGAGUCUCGUAAGGUGGAUGGCAUGCCUCCAGUAGUAUUUGACGCUUUACCUGGCUUUCAGCCUUCUAAUGAAGGUAAGGGACUGAAUUUAUGUCCCUAUAUUGAUAGUGCUGGAGGAAAUGUGAUGGAUAGUUCAGUUCCCAAAGAGAUGCCUGGAUUAAUACCAUGCAGCAAUUCUACAUCAAAUGUCCAGUUUUCAGGUUCAAACCUAGAGAUUUGUUCUGAGUCAGGCAAGUGUAGUCUUGCAAAUGCUUCUCAACUGGAAUUUGAAAAGCGGGACAGCUCCGUUGCUGAUAAGUUUUCAGACCCUGGUACAUCACCUGAUUCAGAGGUCAUUGACCAGGCACUUGACUCUAUUAUUGGGCCCAGGGCCUCCUGUGGCAAUGCCUGUCCCAAGAGUCACAGCUUCCCCGAUUCUUCUGUAAAGAGUAAGAGCAGAAGAUACAAGAAAGACAAGCUCUGUCUAGCAGGCAAUCCUGUUUUGGAGUACCAACAUAGUGCUGAUAGAGAUAAGGUGCCUACUAAUGGUGGACAAUUGCAGAAUUCAGUUAAUGAUGUUUGUUUUACUGAUAAUGUAAAUGGGGAAAGUGAAAAUCCUCCAAGUAACACCUCUGGCAGUGAGCUAGCUAUAACAGAGUUGUUGCCGGUUGUUGAUGAAGGUUGUCACAGGGCUUCAAGUCUGGACAAUGGUUCUGAUAUCAAUACUUGUCCUAGUAUGAACAUUGGGAUUGAAUCUGCAAAUUCUGGGAGUUCAUGUCAGUUGGUUCCUUCCAAUAAUAAAACUCAAAAAACGAAAAAUUCCAAAGGUUCAAGAGCCAAAGGGAAACCCAAGAAUGAGUCUAAGAACAUGGAUGUCAUUGAUCAUCAAAAGGAACUUUCUAGCCUACCGAAAAGUAAAAGUAAGCUGAAGAGUAAGCACAAAGUGAGGGAUUCUGGCAUUUUAAAUGAGGCAUACACGAUAAGGGCCGAAGCAGGGACAGGGAAUCAUGAUUUGGUUGAUGUGGGAAGAACAUAUUCUAGCAAUGAAGUGCUACUGGAGAAUGCAUGUUGCCUGGAUCCUGUACCAACUGGAGCUGCGAACCAGACAUUGGCUCCCCGUCUUGCAUGGGUUUGUUGUGAUGAGUGUCUAAAGUGGCGUUGCAUACCUGCUAACCUAGCAGAUACCAUUGAAGAAACAGACUGCAGAUGGACUUGCAAAGAUAACCAAGAUCAAGCUUUUGCUGAUUGUUCAAUUCCUCAAGAGAAGUCCAAUGCUGAGAUCAAUGCUGAGUUGCAAAUAUCUGAUGAAGAAGAUGCUCGUGGUGGGCACUUAGGUUCCAAGGGUGGUGGUCUUGGGCAAUCAGCAGCUUUGCAGCCGUCAACUUGGAUGCUAAUAAAGUCUAACUUGUUUCUACACCGCAGUCGCAAGGCCCAAUCUAUGGACGAGAUAAUGGUUUGCCAUUGCAAACCUCCUGUAGAUGGUCGGCUGGGCUGUGGUAGUCAGUGUUUGAAUAGAAUGUUGAACAUUGAGUGUGUUCAAGGAACUUGCCCAUGUGGAGAUCUUUGUUCUAAUCAGCUGUUUCAAAAGCAGCAAUAUGCCAUGUUGAGUUGGUUUCGUUGUGGGAAAAAGGGUUAUGGAUUGCAAGUCUUGGAAAAUAUCUCUGAAGGGAAGUUUCUCAUUGAAUAUGUUGGCGAGGUGCUGGAUUUGCAAUCUUAUGAGGCACGGCAAAAAGAUUAUGCUGCAAAGGGCCACAAGCAUUUCUACUUUAUGACCCUGAAUGGGAACGAGGUUAUAGAUGCAAGUGCCAAAGGAAACUUAGGUCGCUUUGUUAACCAUAGUUGUGAUCCUAAUUGUCGUACUGAGAAGUGGGUAGUAAAUGGAGAAAUAUGUGUUGGCCUCUUUGCAUUGAGGAAUAUCAAGAAGGGUGAAGAGUUGACUUUUGACUACAACUAUGUACGGGUAUUUGGUGCUGCUGCUAAGAAAUGUCACUGUGGUUCUCGUAAGUGUCGGGGUUAUAUUGGAGGUGAUCCACUCAAUACACAAGUAAUUGUUCAAGGAGACUCAGAUGAGGAAUUUCCAGAACCUGUUGUCAUUGAUGAAAAUGGUAAAAUUGACCGUACCCUAGAGGAUAUGAAGGCUAAAUCAAGUUAUCAGGAUGCUGAACAGGUUCUGAGUGAAGAUAACUUGACUCUCAAGAAUUCAGAAGUUAUAGUUGAAGGACAAAUGGUGAAUAAAGUAGACUCUCUGAUUGAUGAUGUUGGGCAAUCACAGAUCGUGCUAGUUAAGGACUCCGUUCAUGAAGUUCAUGAAUCUACAGAUAGUUCAUUAGACUUGCGACCUGAGAAUCUGAGAAAUGAACAUAUAUCUGCUGUAGAAAAUCAUACUUCAAAAACAGCACAUACAGGCACACUAACAUCUUCCCCAGAAUCGGAUUUACUUCAUGUGGAUAAUGCAAUAAAAAAGUCUCAAUACGGUUCAAUUGAUUCUAAUGGUAGGGUGUCUGAAGUUGACAUUGAGUGUGAACCACCUAUUGCCAGACCUCGUUCUCGCAUGAAAAUUUCUCGUCCGUCUAAAUCUGUUAAGAACCGCAAGGUUAGUGGCAAUUCAGCCAAUGUUGGGAAGGCUCCUCUAUUAGCCCAGAGAUCAAAGAUUUUGUCCUGCAAACCAAAGAAAUUACUGGAGGGUUCUGUCAAUGGUCAUCUUGAAGCAGUUGAAGAGAAGCUCAACGAAUUACUUGAUGCUGAUGGUGGUAUCUGCAAAAAGAAGGAUGCCUCUAAAGGCUACUUGAAACUUUUGCUUCUAACUGCAGCUUCUGGUGAUAGUGGCAAUGGGGGAUCAAUUCAGAGCAAUAGAGAUCUUUCAAUGAUACUUGACGCGAUAUUGAAAACAACAUCCCGCGGGGUGCUUUUGGACAUAAUCAACAAAAAUGGUUUGCAGAUGCUACAUAAUAUGAUGAAGCUUUACAGAAGCGAUUUUCAGAAGAUUCCUAUCUUACGGAAACUUCUUAAGGCUUUGGAAUUUCUGGCUAAGAAGGAGAUUUUGACUGUGGAUCGCAUUAAUGAAGAUUCUGUACAUCCUGGAGUUGAGAGUUUGAGGGAAUCCAUAUUAUAUUUCACAAACCACAAGGAUAUCCAGGUCCAUCAAAUUGCACGGAACUUUCGGGAUAGGUGGAUUCCUCGAAAAUUCAAUCGAGUUGAUCGAAGGAGAGAGUUUCGUAGAGGUUCAAACUCUAAUAGAUAUUUUGGAACAUGCCAUCAUUGGAGAGAGCAAGGAGCAAUGGAAACAGAACGCAUAAGUUGUUCUGAUCAAUCAGGAAUAACGAACAAUCCUGCUGAUGCUAGAACGCAAGAGGCCUCUUGUUCUCAGUUAACUGAUAACCAGACUGUUGUUAGCAGACCUCGGAAGCGUAAAAGCAGAUGGGAUCAGCCUGCAAGGUCACCCAAGAAUAUUAGAACAAGCCCUAAAGUUGAAGUUAGUGAAGGGGGGCAACCCCAUGUUAUCGAGGCAAAGGAAGAUAGUGGUUGCUCUGGUGCUCAGAAUUUACCCAAGCAUAGUAACAAGGGAACAGAUGAUGUGAUGCAGAACUCUGAUGAUGAUGCACCUCCUGGGUUUUCUUAUCCACGUGAUCCUGUUGUUGAUAGUCCCCCUGGAUUUUCUUCUUCUCUACAGUGUUCAGUUCCAUUGGGCCUUCUCCAGGAGAGAUUCAAUCCACGUUUGCCUGUAGCAUAUGGCAUUCCCUUGUCCAUUAUACAACAGUCUGGAACCCUUCAUUGUGGAACUGUUGAUAGUUGGGCAAUUGCUCCUGCCAUGCCUUUUCAACCCUUUCCACCACUUCCGCCUUAUCCACGUGUUAGGAGUCUGAUGGGUGUCCAGGAAGAAGCAAGGGAAGGCUACCAUUCCCAUGCUGGUGAUCAAAGGGAUCAAGGCAUACCGAGUACAUCUGGGGCAAGCUUGUUGAAUGCACAAAAUUCUGUGGCCACAAAUCAGAAUGCAUUACAUCAUGAAAAGGGAUUGCGAAAUUUCCCAGGGAAGAGGCAUAAUCGACAGAAGAAGUGGAACAACCAGAAGCCAAGGCCGCCAUGGCUUCGGAAUCUAGAUGGUUGGGGUUUCAAAGGGAAUCAUCCCUCGCAUCCCAGAAAUGGGUCAUUUGACAUAAAUAUGGAAACAGUAGCUGAUGAACUUAAUGAUCAGCAUUUAGCUGAUGUAAAUUAUAGUAUAGAGUAUGCAGGCAAUUCUUGAUAGGUUUUACAGCAUCUAAUUUCAUUGAUUUUUUAGGAAAACAUUCACAGGCUCCUUGAUUUUGUAUUAUUUCAUUCCUAGUUGCCUUUUACUGAUGGAGAUCGAUUGAUUCAUUUGAGACAGCAUCUUCAAGCUGGGUUCGUGUCAUGACAGAUUCGGAAGGGUGAAGGUCAGUUGGUAUUAGGGAGUUUUGUAAUUGGAUGUCAAUCUUGUAUAGAGUGGGAUAAUUAUUCCUGUCAUUGCCUUGCUCAUACUUUUAGGCAUCUUCACAAUGUUGGAAUUGUAAAAAAGAACAAUUUCAUCUAUAAAAAAUUGAAUGUUCAAAGACUGAAA